AUGAAGAUCUGCCAUACCAAGCCGACGGAGAGCGAGUCGCUCCUCGCCCUCGGCGCCCGCAUCACCGCCCAGGGCGCCAACGCGCUCAUCGAGCUGAUCCAGCGCUGGCGCACCGCCCAUGCGGACGUGGCCGGCGGCGCGUCCCAGGGCCCGGCGGCCUCCCAGGGCGGAGCGUCGGCCGCGGGCGCCAGCCAGGGCGGCGCGCCAAUGCAGCUGCCGCCAGACACGUACACGCCUGCGGCGCCGUGGAAGCUCGCGGUGCCGCCCACCGGCAAGAAGCCGCCUGUGUGGGACGCGUCGUGGCGCCGCUUCCAGCAGGGCCAAAAGGAGAGCAUCGAGCAGAUCGCGCUGACGCAGGUGAGCGGCAAGGCCAUCCUGCCCUCGACGGUCAGCGGCCAUCUGCUCACGGCGCUGGUGCAGGGCCGGCCGGUCGAUUUGGCGCGGCUCGCGCAGCAGGUGACCGCGCAGGGGCUCGCGCCGCCGUCCGAGGACGAGUGGGAUCGGCUCGAGAGCGCGGAGGCGGCGAGCGGGAUCGACGUGGUGACGACCCUCAAGCUGGUCAAGACCGACAUGUGCAAGGUCUUCCUCCCGGCGGCGGAGAAGGAGUGGGCCGAGCGCGACGACGCCGAGAAGGCCGAGGUUAGCUACUGGUACGCCAAGCUAGACUGGUACACGGCCUUCCGCAAGGUGGGUCUGGUGCCCAGCUUCGCGGGAGCGGCGAAGCAGGCGAGGAUGGCGUGA